AUGAAGUUGAGAUUAUUUUCAUUGAUAUUAUUAUUAUUUUUUAUUACAAUUAAAUGUAUUCAAUCAAAAAGUGUAAUUCGAUCGUAUGUAAUAAUACAAGAUAAACCACCUAAAUUCAAACCAUUAACUGAUUUUUCAGUCUUCGAUUCAAGAGAAAAAAAUCGUUUAUAUCUAAUACGAACUAUUUCUACCGAUCUUGAUAUGAUUAUACUUGGUGAUUAUCGUACAAAAAAGAUGGUGGGUAAAGUUGAAGGUAAAUGGACAAAUGGUAUAUUCGAUGUUAACCUUUUGAUAUAUGAUGAAAAAUCAAGUAAAUGGAUAAAAGGAACUAUGAAACGUAUUUCGAAAGUUUUUUCAAGCAAAUAUCAAAUUCGAUGGAAUGGUGUAAGCCUUAUUGUAAAACGUAAUAUGUUUAGAAAAACCAUAAAAGUUUAUGAAGAAGUAUCUAAGGAAGUACAAGCUCAAUUUCGUUAUCGUUCAAUAUGGCGUAGUGGAUUAAAAUAUAAAUAUGAUUUGAAAAUCUUUAUAACUAAAGUGCCUGAUGCAAUACUUUUCUUGGCUUUAACAAUUACACAUCAUACGGAAAACUUACAACCAACUAUUAAUAAAUGA